CGGGCAUUUUUGUUUGCUACGAUGGCUUUUAGGCUGCUCCUGUUCAUUUCUCUUCUUACAGACAACACAGGGUUCAGUGCUGAUAUCUAUGUGUUUGUGCAGACGGGAGAUUCUGUUCAACUGGAUAUACAGACACAGAAACUACCAGAGUUUGAUAUUUUAUCCUGGAGAGAUGAUAAAUCAGAGAGUAUAGUUAGAUAUAUAAAUGAAUCUAAAACAGUAAAACUUCACUCUUCCUACAAGGACAGAGUGUAUUUCAAUGAUGAAAGCUUCUCUCUCACACUGAAGAACACUCAGAAGACAGACAGUGGACUCUAUACAGCAAAGACAACUGGAUUAUUGAAUAAAGAUAUUGCUGCUUACAGAGUAUCUGUUAUAGAUGAAGUGGAAGCUCCGGUCCUCACUGUAAACUCAAACUGGUCCAGCCCUGACCCCUGUAGCUUUACAUGUAAAGGAACUAACAUUAUCAUCAGCUCCAUCUAUAAUAGUAGCAGCUGUUCUCCAGAAGAAGUGACAUCAGAUAACUACACUUUAAAUCUGAACUGCAGUGAUGACCACAUUAUGUGUAACCAUAGCAACCCAGUGAGCUGGAAGACUGACAGAAAGAAGGCUAAUGAACUCUGCACUGUUAAUCACGAAACACCACAAGCUAUACAAAAUUCACCGUACCCCACAUGGUUUAUCCUCCUUAUUUGCUUAUUGACAACGUGUUUGUUGGCAUCAGUGAUCGGCUGGUGUCUCUACAAGAGAAAAAAAGAUCAUUACUCCCCUGACCAGCAGAAUGAACAAACAGUCUAUGAAAAAGUUGAUAAUAUUAAGAAUAAUAAGCCACAACAAAGUCCACUGGAGAUGUUGGAGAAAACAACGAAUCCCUGCACACUGUAUGAUACUGUAAGAGAACAUGGACCUCCUGAUGUUACGAUGGAAACCAACGAGAUCUCACCCAGUCAUGACUCUGUGAAUCAGAGUGCAACACCAACAGAGAACAGCAAGCCAAAUACACCAGCCACUAUCUACUGUACCAUUCAGAAGCAACCAAAAUCUGAAACUGAUCAAACCAUUUAUGCUGUGGUCAAUAAACAGCAAGCCGAGGAUAAAUCUGUACAUCCAAAACCAGAAUAAAAUAUAAUAAAGCUGAACCCUUA